GAUAAGCAGUUUUCAUACUGUACUGACUUUGAUGUAAAUGCAUUUAGAACUACAGUGCCUGUGCAUUUGUCAGGAGUGGAACUGCUAUUGACUACUACAAUGUAGCACUAGGGGGCGCUGUUUGGGCGUACAAUAUUUUUCCUAGAGAUUUCCAGUGGGAGUGUUCUUAUGUCAACCCCUCUCCCGCCUUGAUACCGACGGAUUUCUCCCUAUUCAAUUCGGAUAGUGUGUAGCUAGUAGUAGUAAGAAGGUUACGUUCAUGGUUUUUAACUUAAAAUCUUCAAAACAUCGCCCGUGAAAACGGCAGGCAUCGGUACCGGUUUUAUUCUGCGAAUAAAUCACUGCAAGCUCGCGGAGGUUCCUUUGCACAGGUGAAACAACCAUUUUCCGCAUUGGUGGAGGAUUGCAUUGGGAUAUCAUCAGCUGAACGGGUCGAUUGAUAUUGGUGUGACUGACCCGGUCAGGAGCCUACUGCCCUGAGAGGCUCUCUGGAUCUCUACAUCUCAGGCUGCGUCCCCCAUCCCCACCUACCCAGGCCUGCGCUACAGUACCCCCUCCCCCACCCCACCGUGGGACUUUGGAGCAUCAUCCUAGCCUGGAACACGUUAAGACUGCUAAGUGAUGAGCGAGUUCUGGUUGUGUUUCAACUGCUGUAUUGCAGAGCAGCCCCAGCCGAAGCGGCGGAGGCGCAUCGACAGGAGUAUGAUCGGGGAGCCCACUAAUUUUGUCCACACAUCCCACGUGGGAUCGGGAGACAUCUUCAGUGGCAUGAACUCGGUGAACUCCAUUCAAAACCAAAUGCAGUCAAAAGGUGGAUACGGCGAAGAGGCCAUGCCUGUGAAUGUGCAGCUGCAACUGGUGGACACAAAAGCAGGAUAACAUGGAGGGGCAGCUUCACGGUUCCUUCAUGUUGAUGUUUUUCAUCCUGGUCUCCAUGUCUGCCUUCAGUGACUGCUUCUCUCAUCCUCCCUCCCCAAUAUUGGACUAGGGAAUGAUGUUCGCCUCCUGUCCUCCCGCUCUGUCUGUCCUCCUUUGCUCCUCCCAAUGAGCCCACUAUCGACCCCCCUCCUUCUCUCCGCCUCAGCCCUCUCAACUCUCCUCGCGCCACAAAUACAUGGACAGUUUUUGUCACGCCAUUGGAAUGAGGCUGCUCCCCCCCUCUGCCUGUCUGUCCAUCCGCCCAUCUCCCACGGAGGACGACAGUCAAAAGGACAGCAGCGCUUCAGUUUUAGUGUACCUCACCCUUCCAACUUAAGCCAGACGCAAAAAGCAUGAUCCUCAUCUCUACAAGUUCAAAGUGUAACACGCUUCUUCUCUUCAAAUUAUAAUUUUUUGAUGUGAGUUUUUUUUUGGGGGGGGGGGUUUGUCAAUUCAGUGUUUAAAGGUCUGGAACCUACAAGUACAAAAUGUAGAUUUUUGUUUUAUUUUUUAUUAUUAACAUAUUCUUUUUAUAUAUAUUUUUGUCUGGUUUGGAUGUCAGAAUGGUGGGUGACCACGUUUGUGAAAAGUGGCUUGCUAUGGCCCUUGGGUGCCAAAAUGUCUGUAGAGCAUAUGGAAUUAUAUUUUUUCUGCUGACAAGAAGUUAAAAAACUUUUUUUUUUGACUGCCUCAAGUGAAUUCCACUCCAAUAGGAAAUGUGAUUGUUACUUCGCUGUUGUUUACAUCGUUCCAGUUCCCAUUCCUUGUCUUUAUUUUCAUGAUAAUUGUUCAAUAGAACAAUAACUGAUGUUGAAAUGGCAUGAACUGGCAUUUCACUCGACAUUCUACUGUAAAUGUUUUGGUAAACUUGAUUUCAAUAAGCCUGGGCUAUAUGAGUAUAUGCUGUGCAGUAAAAUGUAAAGACCUUUAGCUAUGUGGUACAGUGCUGGCUACUGGUGGUACAGUGCUGGCUACUGGUGGUACAGUGCUGGCUACUGGUGGUUAAUGACUAGGUACUGGUGUGGGUAACAGAAUCUAUAAAGCAUUCAAUGUUGCAAUCUGGCAUCGAGGAGAACCCAAACUCGAAGUUGUCUGUAAAAGCUUGACCAUGUGGCCGAGUUCAUGAACUCAUGCACAUUAUAAGAGUAAAGAAUAACUUAUCAAAGAAAAUGUUAUCUUUUGUCUAUGAAAUUACUUGGGGUCAUUGAAGAUGCCUAGACAACUCCAAUGUUUGUGCAAAACAAAGGACAGUAUGAUUACCAUUGACACACAGGUUGACAUCCUACUGUUUAGCUCCAAGACAUUUUGUUCAGGUUCAGAGGCAUAUUUUCCAUUAUUUUAAACAUGACGCGUGUAUGAUAUUGCACUGGUGUUGUAAAUGGUUUGGGGUAGGAUAGGGUGUAGUCUAUGGUUUGGGGUAGGAUAUGGUGUGGUCUAAUAUAGGGUGUAGUCUAUGGUUUGGGGUAGGAUAUAUGGUGUAGUCUAUGGUUUAGGGUAGGAUAUAUAUGGUGUACUCUAUGGUUUGGGGUAGGAUAUAUGGUGUAGUCUAUGGGUUGGGGUAGGAUGGGGUGUGGUCUAAUAUAGGGUGUAGUCUAUGGUUUGGGGUAGGAUAUAUGGUGUAGUCUAUGGGUUGGGGUAGGAUAGGGUGUAGUCUAUGGUUUGGGGUAGGAUAGGGUGUAGUCGCUAUGGGUUAGAGUAGGCUAGGGUGUAGUUUGUAUGGGUUAGGGUAGAAUAGGAUGUAGUCUCUGUGGUGUAGCAUAGGAUAGGGUGUAGUCUCUAUGAGUUAGGGUAGGCUAGGGUGUAAUCUCUAUGGGUUAGGGUAGGCUAGGAUGUAGUCUCUGUGGGUUAGGUGUAGGAUAGGGUGUAGUCUGUAUGGGUAGGCUAGGGUGUAGUCUCUGGGUUAGGUGUAGGAUAGGGUGUCGUCUGUAUGGGUAGGCUAGGGUGUAGUCUGUAUGGGUUAGGGCAGGCUAGGGUGUAGUUUGUAUGGGUUAGGGUAGAAUAGGAUGUGGUUUAGCAUAGGAUAGGGUGUGGUCUCUAUGGGUUAGGGUAGGCUAGAGUGUAGUUUAUGGAUUUAGGUAGAAUAGGGGGUAGUCUGUGGGUAGGAUAGGGUGUAGUUUAUGGAUUAGGGUAGGAUAUUUUAAGAAUUUUAACAAGCUGUAGAAAAUAUUAAAAAUCGAAAAUUAAGUCUUCAAAAAGUCCUUUAAUUUAUCAAAUUAAUAAUUUGUUUUCAAUUGAUGCCUCUGUCAUGGUUGAAAAUGUAAAUAAUGAAAUGGGGGUUUGGUUCACUUAUUUGGAUUAAAACUAAUACCAGUAUUGAUGAGGAAAGAAGAGUCACUGGGCCUCGAACUCAUCUGAUAAAAGUAUCACACUGAUUGUUGUCGGUCCUUCCCUCAAGUGCUUUGUUUGUAUAUACCAUAUUCCUUGUGUGCCACAACCUACCUGAGGUAUUCUAAUUUAUUGUCUUUUGCCACUUUUUUUGUACUCUAGUUUCUUUCAGAUUUAUUGGAAUGUUCAAACCCCCCCAAAAAAUUCACCAUCUGAUAAAUAGUGGUAAUAUUUAUUCACCAUUAUUAGAAAUGUACUGGACUUGGGGGGGGAGGAGGAGGGGAGGGGGGAGUUUUCCCAAAUACUAAGUCUAAAUGAGGAUGUCAUACAAUGUUUUGUGACAACUGAAAAGCACAAGAGUGUGUGUGUGUGUGUGUGCGUGUGUGAACAAUAUGAAGUUUGCAAUACAAUGCGAGUGUCGGCCAAAGUGGUAUUGACCAGGGUACGUCAGCAUGAAUCUACUCUCAGCCAAUGCUCACCACAAAUGAAUUUCAACAUCAGGGAAUUCACUCUGCUCAGUAAUGUUAAUUUUUUUGUUGUUUUACAUAUCUGAUGGGUUUUUUUGUGCUUUUUUUUGUACACUUCCAUCCCUCAUGAAUUGACAUCCAGUGUUGGCUUGUAGAUUACCAAAUGUCUUCGGUUGAAAUAAAUAUUUUUUUUCCAUGUUA